AUGAUACAGAAUACGACUAAUAUCAAUCAUAAUUGUGUUUAUAUUCAAGAUAAGUCAGUCGUUGUGUCUUCACCAACUGGAUCCGGAAAAACAGUUAUUUUUGAAUUAGCUAUAAUACGUUUUUUAGAAAUGCUCGUGGCUCCAAUAAAAGCAUUGUGUUCAGAACGUUAUGAAGAUUGGAAGAAUAAAUUUACAGUUCAUGGACUUAAAUGUAUUGAAAUAACUGGGGAUUCAGAAGUUCGCGAUUAUGUAUCUUUAAUAACUGAUUAUCAGUUGAUAAUAACUACUCCUGAAAAAUGGGAUUCAUUGACGAAAAAAUGUCAAGAAUUUAAGUAUCAAAUGUACAUGGUCAAACUUUUUUUGAUCGAUGAGGUUCAUUUAAUAAACGAUGGGAUUCGUGGUGCUACAUUAGAAACAAUUGUCAGUCGCAUAAAACUAAUCCCAAAAAUUCCAAAAAUAAAUGAUUUUACAUUACGUUUUGUUGCUGUAUCUGCUACAGUGACAAAUAUUGAAGAUAUUGCUAAAUGGUUAACUAAUGAUCAAAAUGAUUCUGCCCAUUACUUGAAAAGUACUGAAGACGAAAGACCGGUGAAAUUACAAAAAAUUGUGUUAGGUUAUAACUAUAAGACAAGUAGUUUCAAAUUUGACUUUGAUCUUACCUAUAAACUUAAACCUUUAAUAAGACAGUAUUCAAAUGGGCGACCGACCUUAAUAUUUUGUUCUACAAGGAAAAGUGUAGAAUUCACUUGUAGUGUUUUAGUGAAAGACAUUACAAUUUCAUUAUCUGAUGACAAACAACGUUGUAUCAACGAAUUUUCAAAGGAAAUUAAUAACAAGAAAAUUAAAGAAAUGCUUAAAUUCGGCAUUGGCUUUCACCACGCUGGCAUGUCUAUCAAAGAAAGAAGUGUAGUAGAAAAUUUGUUUUGUAAUGGAUGCCUAAACAUACUUAUCGCUACUAGUACUUUAGCAAUGGGUGUUAAUUUACCAGCACAUUUAGUUAUUAUAAAAUCUACUGAAUAUUAUUCCUUUAAUGGCUAUAAAGAAUAUAAUGAAUGUCAAAUAUUACAAAUGGUCGGGAGAGCUGGAAGACCUCAAUUUGAUAGUACUGCUACUGCUAUCAUUAUGACGAAAACAUCAAUGAAGGUAUGA